GCCGGCCGAUGAGAAGUUUCUUUCCCUUCCAAAUUAAACCAUCCCAAUAAAAUUAAAACAAAACCCACCACCUCUCUCUCUCUCUUUCUCUCUCUCUCUCUCUCUCUUUCUCUCUCUCUCUCUCUCUCUCUCUCUCCCCAUGGCUUCUCUCUACCGGUGCGGCGAGUGCGGGGCGGAGCUGAACCUGAGCGGGGCCCACCUCUACCCGCCGGGCACGUACUUCGAGGCCGGGGACAAGGGCACGCUCUCCUUCUCGUGGAUCGACGAGUCCAAGUUCCGGUUCGCGAGGGAGAGCCGGUUCGUCCCCUUCUUCGAGACGGUGAACUACUGGGGCGUCCACCGCAACCGCACCCGCAUACUCUGCGACGCGUGCGGCCGCCUCCUCGGCCACGUCUACGACGACGGCCCCCCGCUCAUGCAGGGCCACGGCCAGUUAGGGUUCGGUCCGAGCCAGGCCAUUCCGCGCCGCCCCAGGUACCGCUUCAAGAUCAAGGCCCUCAACGCUUCUCCUCAUUCAUAACAAGCGCUUAUCUUAUCAUAUACUGGGAAACUUGGUUUCUCAUAUAUUUGAAUGUGAUGAUUAUCGGUUUUAGCGGAAUCUGCGAACAUAACAAAUGAAAUGCUUUGGGGCUGCUUUUCGCACAUUCUUCUCUUUGGUUUUUAUGUGAAUACAGAUUCAUUCUGAUGAUUAGUGAUAAUACAAGUUCCAAGCUUGGCAUUUGAGAA